AUGGCCGACCUUAAGUUGAUCGCGGAUUGCAUGAUGAGUGCCGGGUUUGGGAAGAAAUGUCUUAAGAUAUAUAAGCUUACGAGGCGGUCUUUUGUUGAGGAUGCCCUACUUAAGCUAGGUGCACGUAAGUUGAAGAAAUCACAGGUUCAAAAAUUAGAUUGGGAGACUAUUGAUGCUAAAAUGACUAAAUGGUUGAAUUCUAUAAAGAUUUGUGUGAAAAUAUUUUCCCAUGAGAAGAAUCUUUGUGAACAUCUUUUUUCUGCGUGUACCUUGCCAUCCGUUACGGAAUCAUGUUUUUCGGAUGUUUGUAAAGAGUCUGCCCUAAUUUUAUUUCGAAUCCCUGGGAAACUUGCAAAACACGCAAAGAAAUCCCCGGAUAAAAUCUUCAAGUUCCUAACCCUUUACGAGGGGAUGUCCCAAGAUACCUCGGAAAUUGAAAAGAUCUUCUCGUCAGAGUUCACCUCAGUUAUUCGAUCACAACUGAGGUCCUCUAUAGGACGAGUGACUGAAGGCGUGAAAACAAUGGAAGCAGAUUUCGAGGCACAUGUGUAUAAAGACUCCUCAAAGGGCGUAGUCUCUGGAGGAGGGAUCCACCCUUUGACCAAAUAUGAAAUGAACUACAUGGUCAACCUUUCUUAUCACGCCUCUGCAUUGGACAAAAUUCUCGCAGAUUAUCCAGUAAGCCUACAGUCGCCGUUACCAGAGAGUUAUUUUGAAGGUGAAACAAUGUGGUCUCCUGUGGCGUUACAUUUUGCAUGGUUAAUAUUGAUAUUACUUGGUAAGCUAGAUAGUAAGUCGGAGCUUUGCAAAGAUGCAUCUCUUUCGUACCUCUUCUUAGCAAAUAAUCUUCAAUAUGUUGUAACAAAAGUAAAGUCCACCAAACUAUAUAAUGUGUUAGGAGAAAAAUGGGUAAACAAACAUUCCUCUAAAGUGGUGCAAUAUGCUGCAAACUAUGAAAGGAUGGGGUGGGGUAGAGUAAUAUCUUCAUUACCAAAAGAUCUAACGGUGGAGAUUUCUCUUGAUAAAGUCAAAGAAUGUUUUAAGAGAUUUAACGUAGACUUUGAAGAGGAGUAUCGUAAGGAGGUGGAUUGGGUUGUACAAGAUUCAAAACUAAGAGACAAGAUGAAAAAUUCAAUUAUUAGGAAAGUUGAUGCGAGAUAUCGAAAGAUGUAUGAUAAAUAUAAAGUGGUUUUAGCAAAGACUAGAGAGAAAGGAAAAAUCGAUUAUGUAGUCAAAUUUACCCCUGAAGAUUUGAAAAAUUACUUAUCUGACUUACUGGAUGGUCAUGAAGAGGACGACGUCGUUUCACCUUCUAUUGAAAAAGUUGAAACGACAUUGCAUGACAGAAAAGAAAAUCCAGUUCUUCAACGACGUAGUCGACGUCUUCUGCUUUUGGUUCGUCAGCAUCACCAUUAGUA